AGGCGCUUGUGGUGUCCACGCCUACAAACGCUAAUCUAAACAAAGAUGGCGGCCUGUGUCAUUCGUCGGACCUUUUUGUCAACGGUUAAUAAAUAUAAUAGGAAACACGCCAUCAGUGUACUAAAUGUCGAUUUAAACAGUAGACAAACUCUGAAUAGGACGCGUUUAUCAUGUAGCUUGUUCAACGUCCAACAGAAACGGUUGAUGUCGUCAAGGCCAGAGGGGAAGGUGCUGGAGACAGUAGGAGUGUUUGAGGCUCCCAAACAUCAGGGGAAAUAUGAAACAGGACAAUUAUUCUUGCACAGUGUGUUUGGCUACAGAGGGAUCGUGCUCUUCCCCUGGCACGCCCGCCUCUACGACCGCGACGUCACUCCUGCGACGGAGAGUAAGCCUACGGAACCCCCUGGGGCACACCGGUCCAAAGAGGUGAAAGGGAAAACUCACACAUACUAUCAGGUUCUGAUAGACACCAGGGACUGUCCCCACAUUUCUCAGAGAUCACAGACUGAGGCGGUGACGUUUCUGGCCAAUCAUGAUGACAGCAGGGCGCUUUAUGCCAUUCCAGGGCUGGACUAUGUGAGUCAUGAAGACAUCCUGCCCUACAACUCCACAGACCAGGUCCCCAUUCAGCAUGAGCUGUUUGAGCGUUUCCUCAAGUUCAAUGCCUCCAAAGUUCCCCCAUUCAUACCACGGGACACGCUGCAGGCGUGGCAGGAGAAGAACCACCCGUGGCUGGAGCUGUCGGACGUGCACCGCGAGACCACUGAGAACAUCCGCGUUACUGUUAUCCCCUUCUACAUGGGCAUGAGGGAAGCCCAGAAUUCCCACGUAUAUUGGUGGCGGUACUGUAUCCGUCUGGAGAACAUGGGGGAGGAGGUGGUGCAACUGAGGGAGAGACACUGGAGGAUCUUCAGCCUCUCAGGCACCCUGGAGACGGUCCGUGGCAGAGGAGUGGUGGGACGGGAGCCAGUGUUGUCCGAAGAGCAGCCUGCCUUCCAGUACAGCAGUCACGUCUCACUGCAGGCACCCAGCGGGCACAUGUGGGGGACUUUAACUUGCCAACGGGCUAAUGGCGGCGCCAUGUUCGAGGUGGCCAUCCCCUCCUUCUCCCUGGAGAGCCACGGCCAUAGGGACAGCCCCUACUCCUUCCUCUUCUGAGAGAGGGGGGGGAGAGAGAGAGACUGGCUCCUCUUCUUUAUGGUGGAAAUGGACCCAGGCUCAGUCCCCCCCCCACAUUUGUGUUUUUAUCUCUUCUCCUCAGGGACUUUAUUUAUGCUUUCACCUCUAAGGCAAUCCUUUAUGCAUGCAACCAGAGGUCCGAUAUUAGACAAGUUACACACCUCACACUGAGGUUGUGUAAAGCGGUUAAAGACAUGCGGUGGCACAUUGGCGACUAAGUAUUUUCAUUUUUUUGUACUUCACGCUUUGGACUGGAUGUCGCAAUGUGUAGGUCAUCCCUGCAUAAUCAAUGCACAGAAUUACUGUCUAACCUCAAUUAGCCACGAAAUCCCGAGUUUGAAAGAGACGGGCGCAGCUGAUCAGCCCCCUAGCAAUUUGAGUUCUAGCCAAUGAGCUUCAGCCCCUCGCCAGAGUGUUGCCAUUUGAGUGACGGCUAGCAAGAUGCACCUACAGCCGAGCGAGAGGGAGCAAAGACGAUGUGCACAUGGUGCCUCCAGAAAGUAUUCACACCCCUUGACUUUAUUUAACUAGGCAAGUCAGUUAAGAACAAAUUCUUAUUUAAAAUGACGGCCAAACCCGGACAACGCUGGGCCAGUUGUGCACCGCCCUAUGGGACUCCCAAUCACGGCCGGCUGUGAUACAGCCUGGAUUUGAACCAGGGACUAGUGACGUCUCUUGCCCUGAGAUGCAGUGCCUUAAACCGCUGCGCCACUCGCUACAGAGAUGGGGUAGUCAUUUACACUGAAAUUUGUUCAAAGAUUUUACUGAGUUAGAGUUCAUUAAAGGAAAUCAGUCAAUUGAUAUGAAUGCAUUAGGCCCUAAUCUAUGGAUUUCACAUGACUGGGAAUACAGAUUGGUUGUGCAAACCCACAGUUCCAUCAGCUGUCUGGGUGGCUGGUCUUGGAUGAUCCUGCUGGUGAAAAAGCCGGAUGUGGAGGUCCUGGGCUGGCGUGGUUAUACAUGGUCUGCAGUUGUGAGGCCAGUUAGACAUAAUGCCAAAUUAGGCGGCUUAUGGUAGAGAAAUUCUGGCAACAGGUCUGGUGGAUAUUCCUGCUGUCAGCAUGCAAAUUGCACAGCAUGCAAACUGCACGGCAUUGUGUUGGGUGACAACUGCACAUUUUAGUGUGUGAUUGCCCCAGCACAAGGUGCACCUGUGUAAUGAUCAUGCUGUUUAAUCAGCUUCUUGAUGUGCCACACCAGUCAGGUGGAUGGAUUAUCUUGACAACGGAGAAAUGCUCACUAAAUAUGUAUACAAAUUUGUGAACGACAUUUGAGAGAAAUACGCUUUUUCUGCAUAUGUAAAUGAUCUGGGAUCUUUUAUUUCAGCUCAUGAAACAUGGGACCAACAAUUUUACAUGUUGCAUUUAUAUUUUGUUUAGUAUAAAAAUCGUGUUGAACACUUGCACAGAGUGAGUCCUGUAACUUAUCAUGUGACUUAAGCACAUUUUUACUCCUGAACUUAUGCAGGUUUAACAUAACAAAAGGGUUGAAUAUUUAUUGAUUCAAGACAUUUCAGCUUUUCAUUAAAAAAAAAAUGUAAUUCCACUUUGACAUCGUGUGUAGGUCAGUGACUCAAUUUAAUCAAUACAAAUUCAGUCGUAACACAACAAAAUGUGGAGAAAGUCAAGGGCUGUGACUACUUUCUGAUGCCGCUGUCGUUGCUUACCUUUUUUAUUAUAGGCUACUACUCAGACACUUUUUUUAAAAUGACGUUUAGAAUUUAUGGUUUUCAUUUAAAAGCUUCAUACCUCACUUGUGUUUUAACACUCAAAUCACUCAUAGCUCUGUUUACAUUUAUCCAGCAUAUAUGAAAGUUUUUUUUUUUAGCUUUCAACAUGGUGAAAUAAAAUUAACUACAAUUUUGGACAAGAUGAGCACACUUUCAAUUUCCUUUCUGUUCCUUCAGUGGACCUCCUUUACCUCACCCUACCUUCUCAAACUGUGACUACUUGACUCCUGCAGUAUACUCUCAAACAGACCUCUCCAACACGUAUUUUUAACAGUAAAAAUAUAUUUCUUGCUCAGUGAUAUUAAAGCUGGAAUUCUUAGUAGUGAAACUGUCACAUCUGCCUGAUAUUACAACAAAGUUACUGCAAACAGCCCCACCUCCCUGGACAUCAUUGCACGUGCAAUAGAACAGCAGCAUACUGUAUGUAGUGAUGAUUUUUUUAGUUAUUAUUAUUACGAUGCACGACUCUCCCCAGCUCCGCUUCGUCAACAAAACAAUGGCCGUGGGGCGGACAGUGCUGCUGUUUCACCAUACUGCGAAUUCUAUCUUUAAGAUGGUUAAGAACCAAUGGAAAGAAAUCAUGGGUUUGAGAACUUUAGCUGUUUUAAAAUUGUAUGUGAUGUUUGCAGCAUGGGAGUGCGUGUGGCUGCAUCCUGUUACAUGGGAAAUUGCCUCGUCACUUUGAAUGUCAUGAGGGAUAAUUAAUUGACAGUGAUGACAGUCUAUUAGGUAAGUCAUCUCGGAAACUAUUCGUAAUCUUCCGUGAGCGCUGGCCUCCGGACAACCUUUCGUACAUCUGCCCACAAGAAAUUAAGAAAUAGUCUGAAUAUUUUAAAGGGACACAAUGAGAAAACAUUACAUGAUGUUAUCAAGUACCCAGAGCACUUAUAAACUUAAUUAGUGUUUUAAAUAGAUAUUUGUUCUUAUGGCUUGGGUGAUGUGGGCAGUUUGACUACCCAACAAGCUGUAAUCUAGGAGGGUAUGUGACUGUUUCAAGCCUCCAGUACGCUCACACCAUUUUUAUCUGGUAACUGUUGUACACUGCAGUGUAACAGACAUAUGAGGUGCCUUUUUAAAAACUGAUGUUAUGUAUUUAUUUUCAUAUUGUGAACAGACGACAUUGGCAUGUGAAACUUGCCCCUAUUUCUCCUUCACGCUAUACACAGGAUAGCGCUGAAUGGGAUUUAUAGUCAUUCUGUAACUAAUAAACAUGUCAAAGUGA